CUAUAUGCAUCUCCGAAAUAAAUCAUAUGUUGUUUCUAAUUUGCUUUUGCAUUAUUUCUAAACAAAUAUUUGUAUUUGCUUUGUGCUUCUUAGUAGCAUAGAAAGAAGAAACAAAAACAAAAAAAAUCCUCUAAGGUUUUCAAUCGACCACAACUUAUGUCGGGAAAAUUUAAUCUUAUUGACCAUGAAACAUUUGAGAGUAUACAUCAAUCUAGCAACAGUUCUCCGAGUACUAGAGUUGCUAAAAUCCGUAAUGCGAAAUACAAACGAUUGACCAGUAACAGUGGUUUCAGUUUGUUGGAGUUUGUGAAACCUAAGUCAAAUGUUAAGAUCUGCAAAGGCAAACCCAAAAACUCCAAACGGAUUGUGGACGUGCGAAUUAGACCGGCCUUUAAAAAAAGAGGAAAGCAGCGGGAAAACGGUCACAAAAAGAAAAUAAACCGUCUAAAGAAAUCCAUUUUGCGAUAUCGACAAAUAAAGAGAGAACAACAAAUAGUAAAGGAAGAAUUACAAAAUGAAAUUGAGACACAAAUUUCUAAUCAAUUACAAACCCUCACUAUAGCUUCAGGAUGCAAUAAACAAUCAGAAGUGAGUGGAAUUAAGAACCGUAUACAUUCAAACCGUUUUCGAGAGUAUUGUGAAAAUUGUACCACUCCGGUUUUGGAAAAAUACACGGAGCAUUUGUUACGGGAGUUGAAUCGUUUUCAGAGAAGAGCCUAUGCACAGAAUCAAAUAAAAGCAAAAGCACAUCGACGUUUUGUUGUGGGCUUCAGAGAAGUACAUAAUUUUCUUUCCGUAAAUAAAGUAAAGCUGGUGAUUAUCGCAACGGAUUGUGAACGUUGUGAAGGCGAAGCUGGUCUAGAUGAAACCAUUUCUGCAAUCAAGAGUAUAUGUCAAGAUCAAAAAGUUCCCAUUGUAUUUAUUUUCCAACGACGACAACUAGCAUAUAUUUUGUAUAAGAAGGCAUCAAUUAGCUGCAUAGGAGUUCUAGAUUAUGAUGGCUUGCGUGAUACUUUUCAAGAGAUAACUGCGGCUUUAAAUGAUGCCAGAAAACAAUAUCAACUUCUGAUCGAAAACAAUAAUAUACAAAGUUGA